AUGCCGGAUCCAACUGUGCAGCAGCAGAGUGCGGGAGCAUUUUCGCAACAGCCCAAUUCCAAUCAGAUGCUGAUGCAAAUUCUCCAGCAACAGCAGCAGUUGAUGGCGCAACUCACUCAGCAGGUUUCAGCCACCCAGCUGGCCGUUCAGAAGAUGUCGGGAGAUGAAACCAUUUUGGAUUCAUUGUCCAGCAACAUCACCGAGUUCGUCUAUGAUCCCGAACAUGGCAGUACUUUUGACUCUUGGUUCGCACGAUAUGCGGACUUGUUCGACAAAGACGCAGAAAAACUGGACGAUGCAGCGAAAGUCCGGUUACUGAUGAGGAAAUUGAAUCCAGCAGCGCACGAACGGUUUACCAGUUUUAUUUUGCCUCGACUAUCAAAGGAGUUAACAUUCAGUGAAACAGUCGCGAAAUUGAAAACAAUUUUCGGAUCGCCAGUGUCAGUGUUUCAUCGUCGUUAUUUGUGCCUCCAAACGACAAAAGACGAUUCCGAUGAUUUUGUGACGUAUUCGUGCAAAGUUAACAAAGCGUGUGUGGAUUUCAAGCUGCGCGACCUCUCCGAGGAACAGUUUAAAUGUCUCAUUUUUGUGUGUGGUUUAAAAUCGACGCGAGAUUCGGACAUUCGCAUGCGGUUAAUUACCAAAUUAAAUGAGACGACGGACAUCUCUCUGGAGAAAGUUGUGGAAGAUUGUAAAAGUUUACAGAACCUGAAACAGGACAACAGUCUUGUGGAAAAACAGCAAUCAAUCAGUGCUGUUAAUGCAGUGCAUCAGGAUCGACCUGCCAAACCUAAACACAAGCAAGGCGGUGGGGGAAAAGUGAAUAACAAUCAACCAAAAACUCCGUGUUGGUCGUGUGGGGGAAUGCAUUUUUCUGCAGAAUGCCCAUUCAGUGAACAUCAGUGUCGGGAGUGCAAGCGAAAAGGACAUAAAGAAGGAUAUUGUGCCUGUUUUUCGUCCGGCAGUGCUAGUGGCAGCAGUAAGAAGAAAAAGAAGAAGUACGGUGCAAAGAGCAGUAAGGAUGUGAAGAUUGUGUCAGUGAACAACAUCACCCAACGGAGGAAGUUUUCGGAAAUCGAAAUCAACAAGGUUCCAGUUCGGUUGCAGAUCGAUUCAGCGUCGGAUAUCACAAUCAUUUCUGACAAAUAUUGGCGACAAAUCGGACAACCUCAAGGAACCGCACCCUCCUGCAACGCAAAAUCUGCUUCUGGGGGAUCACUCGAUCUGGCCCGGGAAUUUUGGUGCGAUGUGAACAUCAGCGGCAAAACAAAGCGGUGUUUGUGUCGUGUUGCUUCACCCAAACUGGAUCUCAACAUUCUAGGCUCUGACUGGAUUGAGGUUUUCGGAUUGUGGGACGUGCCUAUCAGUUCGUUCUGCAAUAAAAUCAACAGUCAACAGUCUCGUACGGAACAGUCUCUGCAAGCCCAGUUCCCGAAAGUGUUUUCAAGUGAGAUGGGACUCUGCACCAAAACAAAAGUGCGAUUGACACUCAAAGGAGAACCAAAGCCAGUCUACCGUCCCAAACGUCCAGUUGCAUACAGUCAGCAAGGUGCGGUAGAAGAAGAAAUUCAACGUUUGCAGAAUUUGGGAAUCCUCCAACCAGUCGAUCACUCCGAUUGGGCAGCACCGAUCGUCGUUGUGCGGAAACCAAACGGUAAAGUCCGCAUUUGUGCUGAUUUUUCAACAGGCCUCAACGAUGCUCUGGAAUCAAAUCAGUGCCCGCUUCCAUUGCCAGAAGACAUCUACACGAAGAUGGCCGGAUGCAAGGUCUUCAGUCAUAUCGACCUAUCCGACGCGUACCUCCAAGUGGAAGUGGACCCUCGAGAUCAAGCUCUGUUGACAGUCAAUACCGGGGGGAGCGACACUACUCCGGGUGCAUUCCAGCAGAUCAUGGAUUCAGUGUUGAGUGGCAUCGAGGAAACCUGUGGUUAUUUGGAUGACGUGUUGAUUGGUGGUCGUACACAAAAGGAGCAUGACCGCAAUCUAAAACAAGUGCUUCAACGUCUGGAAGAAUUCGGUUUUACAGUACGGAUUGAGAAGUGCAGUUUCAACAUGGAAGAAGUGGAAUACUUGGGACAGAUUAUGGAUGGAGAUGGCAUCAGACCCGAUCCGGACAAGACAUCAGCUAUCGCCACCAUGCCACCGCCCAAGGAUGUUUCAUCACUCCGUUCAUACCUAGGAGCCGUAAACUAUUACGCAAAAUACGUUCCGGAAAUGCGUAAACUGCGGUUCCCGAUGGAUCAACUGUUGAAAUCUGGUGCGAAGUGGAAUUGGUCAGAAGAAUGUCAGCGUUCAUUCAACCGUUUCCGUGAAAUCCUGCAGUCACCGUUGGCGCUCAUGCACUACAACCCAAAGUUGGACAUCAUAGUGUCGGCGGAUGCGUCAAACUACGGAAUCGGAGCGCGCAUUGCCCACAAGCUACCAGACGGAUCAGUGAAACCGAUCGCACAUGCGUCGAGAAGCCUCACACCAGCUGAGUCCAACUACAGUCAAAUUGAAAAAGAGGGACUCGCGCUGAUCUUCGCAGUUACACGGUUUCAUCGCAUGAUUUUUGGACGACAUUUCGUUUUGGAAACGGACCACAAGCCUUUGCUAGCGAUAUUUGGUUCAAAGAAAGGCAUUCCGGUGUACACAGCCAACAGACUUCAGCGAUGGGCAUUAACUCUAUUGCUGUACGACUUCAGUAUCAAAUAUGUAAGUACAGAAAGUUUUGGUUAUGCAGAUAUCCUAUCCCGUCUGAUCAACACCCACGUCCGUCCAAACGAGGAGUACGUUAUCGCAUCGAUUGAACUGGAAGAUACCAUGGAAGACAUCGUCAAGCAGUCAGUGGCAGCUCUCCCAGUCACGUUCAAGAUGAUUCAAGCUGGAACACAAUCGGAUACAGUACUGAAGCAGAACCAGAAUCAGCCGAACCGUCACAGUCACUGUUACAUGAACUACAAUCAAGGGAGGUUCAUCGCCGAGCACCAGUCAAGCCACCAAGAGCUACUAUUCAGCAGCAACCGAGCCAGCUUCGCCAGUCUUCGAGAACCAGAAGACAACCCGUGA